GGAGAAAAUAGCUGCAGACAUGAAAACACAGUCAUAUAUUUGCGACAUUUACACAUACGGACAUUCCUUUACGUGACAACUGGAAACGUUUAUAAUACAAGAAACUUUGCUGAGAGUAUUCUACGGUUAAGAUGCACUUUCUCUACUUUUGUGAAGCGAUUUUUUUUAGCAUGUAGGUCACGUUGUUAGCAUACCGCUCCCUUUCUCGUGACGUUCACGUCCGUCUUCUGCCCUUUCAGGGUUGUGGACCCUCCCCGAACAGAGCCGUCGGCCUAUGAUCUGCGUCGGACUCCGCCCACGUGGAGCACUUUAAGGACCGUUAUUGUUAUGCAAAUAUUAGACAAGUAAAAUAGGUGUCUCCGCGCGCUCCAGGGAAAGACCGAGCGGAGCAGCGCGAGGGCCAACGUGCACGGCGCGCGCGUCGCUACAGUUGUUGCGCGCCACCUCACCCGCGAGCGCUCGAGAAGCGGCAGGCGAGUGGCCGCAGUGCAAGCGGUGCAAGCAGCGCUCCCCCGACACCAGACGCCCUGCAAAUUAGCGCAGUUUUUUCUAUGUUGCAGCCUCUCAGUCUGAGGCUUCGGGGCACCCUAAGGAAGCGCGUGAUGUGACUUCUGGGGGGAAAAAAAAAAAAAACAAAAGGUAAAUAGUGAUAGAAGAUGAAGCUUCAUGAUCCACCGAGUUAAUCGCGGACUUCGUUUUUGGACAUAUUUGUUUAAGAAAAUACUUUGACUCGGAAGAGAGGAAUACGCUUCUGCUGUUUCCACUUAUGCACCGCAGUGAACUGGCGCUGGGGCCGAGAAGACGAGCCAUAAAUAUCAUCAUCAUCAUCAUCAUCGUCAUUAUUAUUAUUAUAAUCAGUGGGUAAGCGGCGCGCGGCUCUCCGCGGGAAAGGUCUCUGCGCACCUACAUGUGUAGGAUCCUCUCACCCCCGCUGUAGAUCGGGUAGAUGCUCCUCACGCGUUCCCCGUCCGAGAUCCACUAGAUGCGAACGGUUCGGCGGUAGCUGCUCAGCCCGUGCCGACAUCCGAGGUCGCGAAGGCGCAGGAAGAGAACGGGUUCCGCCGCGCGCUGCCGUCGCUCCGAAGCAUCAUGAGCCAGGCGGACGUGUCCACGUGCUCCGCUCCGCAGAGGGUCUUCCAGGAGGCGGUGAAGAAGGGCAACACGAAGGAGCUGCACUCGCUCCUGCAGAACAUGACCAACUGCGAGUUCAACGUGAACUCGUUCGGACCCGAGGGGCAGACGGCGCUGCACCAGUCCGUCAUCGACGGCAACCUGGAGCUGGUGAAGCUGCUGGUGAAGUUCGGCGCCGACAUCCGCCUGGCCAACAGGGACGGCUGGAGCGCCUUGCACAUCGCCGCCUUCGGGGGACACCAGGACAUCGUGCUGUACCUCAUCACCAAGGCCAAGUACUCGUCGAGCGCGCGGUGACGGAGCGCGCACCUGAGCGGCCUCCCGCACACCUGUCCUCCGCUGCCCAGUGGUGCCAAAGUGACAAAAGAGCGCUUUUUUUGUUGUUGUUGCUGUGCAAAGGAGCUCUGAAUGUUCCGUCUGAGAGUGAACUGCAACAAGCCAUUUUCCUUCUCUUUCAAAUCCGAGAGCUCUCCUUCCUCUGGUACUUUACCACAUUUUCUUUCGUGGCCUCUUCACUCGAGCACGGAAGCAGUGAUUUGUCAGCGUCGGCAGCCCGCUCUGCGCUCUUAAAAUAAUAAUUGGAGAGGAAAGAAAAGAAAAAAGCCCAGUCCUAGGGGCUGGCUGUGGAGUGUUGGCCCAUCACUCUACCGUGUGUCGCUUCUCCAUCACCUUUUCUUUCACCCUUUUUGAUGUGGUUUGACUGAAGGGGGCCCUUGUCAGCCCACCGAGAAGAGCUGAAAACCAGAAUCCAUCCACGGAGACCUUGCAAGGGUUUACCGCUUACCAGAUCGGGUUUAAAGCAGUACGGAUGUAGGUCUGUUUGGGUUUCGCUGACUUAAGAGUAAAGUCAAGUCAAAGUGCACUCGUAUUUGGAACAAAAGCCCUCCGAGAAGACAGGCAGCACUGCAAAUUCACAUGAAAACACUGAUUCCUCAUUUGUUGUACCGGUAUUUUACUUUUUGUGAGGAAAUAGCACAUCUGAAAUUACAUUUCCCUUCAGAGCUUUGAAUAACACCUCUCCUUGUUCAUGCGAACGCAUGGCUGGAGUGCGUUCCGAAGGUGCGUCGGAAGAAUGUGUUCGUCCGUCUUUCUGAAAAUAUGUAUAGGGUGAGAAGAGGGCUUCAUUGGAUGUCUAAGCUGCUUCAGACACAGGUAGAUGCGGUCCUGUGCUGGAACCCCAACGUUACUUGGUUAAAGAGUUUGGUUUCCUUUGCCACCUACCUCGACCGUAUGGUGCCCACGGUCAAUACAAAACUUCUGCUUUUAUCGGUGAUGCUUCAGGAGAAGCUGUGGCUGCACGAAUAUGACCUUCCAACGCAUCAUAUUCACCUUGAGCAAACCGACAUCUCUGACCAGUAGCACACCCUUGGACAUUCCCAUUCUACAGUUUCAUGCAGAAGCUCUUGCUGUUCAUGGUAGUGGAAAGCUGUGUUAGGAUAGUCUCCGCCAUGUACAACUACCUUCCGGGGACGACAUCAACUUAUUUUGCCUUUUUAAUUUCCUUUCCUUGCCAAGGUAUUUUCACAUAAUGGGAAUGCACCUCUGCACUUGGAGUUGACAGUAACAUGUCCCGUGUCUAAGGUUGAUUGACACAAGCAGGACACACACAUUUCAUGCCUUAAAGAAGGGAGGAGUGCUUGCACAAAAAAAAAAAAAAAAAAAAAAUACAGCCCUAGUGGCUGUUUAACUACAGGAGCUGAGGUGUAAGUACAGUUACUACUGAGCAGGACUGCUUUAUAUUCUUAUAUGUGCAGGACUACAGGAAAAUCACUCAUGCAAAUUGCCUGCUGCAUUUUUAAAUCACAGAAAGCCUAUGUUUAUGUCUAUGCUGCUCCUACAGAAAAUGUUGUGUUUGUUGUCACGUUUUUAGGUUUGGGUUUAAAAAGCUAAGAGAAUCACUCCAGGCGUAAAUGGCGGCGGGGGGGGUUGGUCAGAGGCGUGUUGGACAAGGAGAAGCAUGUGCCAUGGGCCAAAAUGUAUGUGCGCUCUGGUUGGCUAUCCAGCACCGAGGCUCCCUUGUGCGCCCUCGUGGCCGGCCGAAAACCUAGCAAAACACAAGUGAUGAAACGGCGUCAAGGACUAGAUUGGGGACGAACCACAAAAUAUGCAUCGCUUGUCUUAAACUUGAGAAUUUUUUUUUUUUUUUUUUAUAAACUUUUAAAAAAGUUGCACUGAGGACUGUGAUGUUAGCUGUUGGUGUCAUGCCAACAUUAUAUUUUUUUUCUGAAUAGAAAAAAAGAGAACACAAAUACUAUUGUAUGAAAGCUCCAGGUUCAGCUGUCUUUGUUAAUGUGCUUCUUUGUAAAACGUAAUGUUUGCGAAGGUGUUUGUGUCUCUGAUCAGAUGUGUGUGUGUGUGUGUAUAUAUAUGUACAAAUAUAUAUAUAUAAUGUUCUGAAAAAUUGAUGAGCACUUUUUCUGAAGUGCUGUAGCCCUGCUGUUAUUAAAGGGAGACAAUAUAUUUGAUGGUAAGAUCAUUGUAACAAGAAGUUGCACGAUGCACAACUGUUUUACUUGACUGUGCCAUAACAUUUAUGACAUAAGAGUAAAAUAAACUAAAUAGGUUUAAAUAAUUGAAAAGUGCUGAAGUAUGUUUCAAACCAGCUUGUUUGUUUGUUUUUGCUUUUUCUGCAAACAAAACAUUGAAAAAAGGAGACCUGCAGUGAUGGUCUGGUAUGAUGUGGAUGUUCUGACACGUCUCUUGUUUUAGUUUGUCGAUUUGUAUUUUUUUUUUUUUUUUUUUAUUUUGUAACACUGUGAUUAUACGUGGAGAGGAAUUGUGUGCUGUAAUGUUGUACCUUCGUGUACAAGUCAGUAUGAAUA